UUUGUUCACUUGACAAAAUUAAUGGCCAUGAGCUCAUUUUUGAUCAACUCCAACUAUGUGGACCCCAAGUUCCCACCCUGCGAGGAAUAUUCCCACAGCGAUUACCUCCCCAACCACUCGCCGGAAUAUUACCAGAGGCACCGCCACGACUCUUUCCACCACGAAUCCAACUCGUACGAGCCACGAUCCUCGUGCAAGGAGCAGAUUUACUGUCCCGGCUCCGGGAUGUCCCCGCGGGGUCACAUCCACGGCGGGCCCGGGCAGCGGAGCCGCCUCCCGGAGCCGCAGCGGGGCCGCAGCCCCAGCUCGCCCCCAUCCUGCAGCCAAAAUCCGGGAGAGCCCCGCGAGGAGCCCGUGGUUUACCCCUGGAUGAAAAAAGUGCACGUGAGCACGGUGAACCCCAAUUUCUGCGGCGGGGAGCCCAAGCGCUCGCGCACGGCCUACACCCGGCAGCAGGUGCUGGAGCUGGAGAAGGAAUUCCACUACAGCCGCUACCUGACGCGCCGGCGCCGCGUGGAGAUCGCGCACGCCCUGGGCCUGGCCGAGCGCCAGAUCAAGAUCUGGUUCCAGAACCGCCGCAUGAAGUGGAAAAAGGAUCACAAGUUACCCAACACCAAGAGCCGCGCCGGAUCCGCCGCCGGAUCCCUGCAGAUCCCGCAGGGAGGAGCCCAAAAUCAGAUC